AGCAGAAACCCAGCAGGGACAGCUGCAAUGCUUUUGGCUGGUGAGGGGUGAAGGGUGUCUCCCUUUUUUCCCCACGUGCCUGCAACAGCCAUUGGACACAACACAAUUUAUUUUCUGUACCUCAGAAGGGAGCAUAAUGGAAGGAACAACAGCAGCUCCUACCCCAUGUUGGAGCGGAGGAGGAGGCAGCAGUAGCCGAGCACGGAGACAGCGACGUUGCUCACGGCGGGACCGUGAGAGUCGUUGUACACGCCGUAGAGGAAGCCGUCUUGGAGACCCUCCCCAUCGGGGCUUGUCCUCUUCCUCAUCUUCAGCAUCAGACAGUGAAGGCCCCUCGCCACCUGCCCCUGUGGCUCCUAGCAAAGGACGCCCCCUGCAACAGCAGCGGCGACGGCGACGGCCCCUCCGACGGCGAAAGAGAGUUUCUGGAUCCUCUUGCAGUCGUGAGGAGGAAGAGGAAGAGGAGGAGGAGGAGGACCUCAUUGAUGGCUUUGCCAUUGCAAGCUUUGUCAGUUUAGAGGCACUUGAGAAGGAUGCAACCUUGAAGACUCCAGAGCGAUUGGAGCUUCGGCUGAAACAUUCAGGAAAGAGGAAACGGGGUGAGGGAAACAAUUCUGAGCCUGAAGAUGAAGAGGAAGGCUCGGAAAAGGAUCACAGCCAGGGCUGUGGAGGGGAGAGAGCACUGAGGAAACGGAACAAGAGACGGCACAAAGAGCCUUCUCUCCAAUCUUACCUGGAAACUGGAUAUAUAUGUGAUACAGAAAGUGACCCAGAGGAGCAGGCCUCCAUUGAUGACCUCGAACAGUCAUUCACUGUCUCAACCAGCAAAGCCUCGGGACCCAUUGGUGCAUUAAACGGGAGCUGUGAAGCCAAACUGUCUGUGAUCCCGAAAGUCUCUGGCCUGGAACGGAGCCAGGAGCGUAACUACGAGGCUGACCGGGACUCCCUGCUUGUGCCUUUCCUGCCUAAGGAACCCCCUUCUCAGGCAGCCACUGCCCCUCUUCUGGCUCAGGCCUUGCCUCCAAGUCCUCCUGCCCCACCUCCUGUCAAGACUCGGGCUCAGACACCUAACACUGUUCGUGGGACGCCCCAGCCCAAAGGCCAGCUGCCUCCGAUGCCUCAGGGUGGAGCAGUUACCCACAGCCUUGCCCAGAGCCAACUGCACAUGAAGGUGCCACCCUUUGCCAGCCAGACCCAGGGCCCGUACUCUGUAGGGCUCGACCUCAGCACUGGAGGGUGCAGCCGCGGUGCAGCUCACCCCAAGCCCAUCCUCCCGCCCUGCUCCCCUUCUUCUCAACUCCCUCACCGGCCCUCCACCCCCUCGCUGGCCCUGCCCCCCCACGCCUUUUCCUCCACCCUUCGGCCCCCUUCCCACCACCACCCAGGCAUGUUCACCCCCUCGCCUGGCCUCCCACCGCCACCCCCGUUGCUUCAAGUUGCUGGGCACCCAGCUGCAGCCGCUGCCAUAUCUGAACAAGAAUUAAUCCGCCAGGACUUGAGCUCCCGAUUCCUCACGACGCAAGGCGGGGCCGACAUGGGAGCUGCUGCCAUCCGCCCUCUGGCUUUCCAGUUCCACCAACACAACCACCAGCACCAGCACACCCACCAGCACACCCACCAGCACUUCACUCCUUUCCCGUCAAGCAUGGUGCCCACACCCAGCCCAGCCAUGUAUGAGAAGUACCCUGGGAAAAUGGAUGGGCUUCUGAGACAUAAUUUUUAUCCUGCCUACCCCCCAACCGUGUCGGGGAUCUCCCCGGUCCUGCCUCCUGCUGUGAAUUUUGGCUCCCUGCAGGGGGCAUUCCAACCUAAGAGCACUAAUCCUGACCUGCCUUCCCGGCUGGGUGCGGUCCCACCCAGCAUGUCCCAGAAAGGCAGCCAGAUCACCGAUCCUUUCAGGCCGACGUUGAGAAAGCCGGGGAAGUGGUGCGCCAUGCACGUCCGUGUGGCAUAUAUGAUCCUGCGGCACCAGGAGAAAAUAAAGCUGAUGCAGGGUGAUCCCCAUAAGUUGGAUUUCCGGAAUGACCUCCUCACUGGCUUGCCUGAGACCGGAGCCUUCGGCAGUCUGCCCCACAGCCAGGAGCUGGCACGCCCUGCCACCCUCUUCACAGCCGCUGGUGUCGUCCAUCCAGGCAAUGCCCCCUCCUUUGGUCCUGCCGCCACUCCCCAUGGCUCUUUCCUCAACC